UUGUAGACACAUCUCUUUUGCUCAGUUAUUAAACUAAGUUGGUGUAUGCAUGCCACAUGUGCUAAAUCCACAUGCGUUUUUAGCAUGUUUUGUGUGCAUUUGUUUCAGAAUGUGGUCCAGGGCAGGAGACAUUUAAAGAUGAAGAAGCAGCCAAUUCUGAUCUGGAGUGGCUGGAAGAACUAUAUGAAGAGGAUAAUGAUGAUGGUGGUGGUGACCUUGCACUUGGGGCUGAUGAUGGAAACAAGAGAAGUUAUGCCGAGACAGCACGGAUGUUCAAGCUGAGACGAAACCAAGACCAGCUGGAAUGCUUUCAUCGACAGAAGGAGCAUCACGUGCAGAAAGCCAGAGAGGAGCUGAGACUCUGUCGUCGGAAUGUCGAUAGUUUGCUGGCGCAGAGGAUGAACUUGGAAAAGGAGCUAGAGCAACAGAAAGCAAAGGACGACAGUGUGGCAGUGUUUCGUUUGCGAGCUCAGCAUAAACAGUUAUGUCAGCAGCUGCAAAAUGAGGAAGAGUUGGAAGGCCGCAUCCGCACUGAACUAAGACAGCGAGAAUGGGAGCUGAUUAAGGUGGAAGUGGAACUUGGCAAAGUGUCCAUGCUCCGACAGGAGGUGCAGGAGGAAGAGGAGCUUUUCCAGACCCUUAAAGCCCAGAAGGCAGCGACAAGGUUGCAGCAGGAGAGGAAAGUCGGCCAGAACCUUCAGCAUGAGUUGAAGCUUCUCAGGGAUAAACAGGAAGCCUCGCUUAGAAAGGAGGAGAUGGAAUAUCAGAAGAAACUUGAAGAGGGUAAAAAAUACCAGAGGAUCGCUGUCAAGUACUUGAAUGAGUCUCUUAAAAAGAAAAGAGCACAGCAACAAGCUGCUGAGAAGGAGCAACAGAGCCAAGAGUUAAUAGAAAAAAGGAUCCAGGUUGUCAUGUCGCUGAAAUCAAGCAUAGCAGCCAACCAGGAGAAUUUGCGGGUUCAACAAAAGAAAAUCAGAGCAGAUGCCCUGAAGAAAGAGCAUGAAGAUAGAAAACUGAGAGAAUCCCUGCAGACCCAAGGCAUCGACAGUUUUAAACACAUGUACCGACUGAAGCAACAAGAGGAGACAAAACAAAAACAAGAGGAAUUUGAGGAGAGCCAGAAGUCAAAGAGGGAAGCGAUAGCUGCAAAGAUUCUUCAAGAAGAACAGCUGAUAAACAGCAGAAACCAGGCAUUGCUUCAUAAACCCUCUAAUGAUAAGUCUUCGGCUUUAAGAAAGAAAAGAAAAAGCCACUUGCAUUACCUCCAUUGUUUCGCUCCAUCGGUCACCAAGGACACAGCUCUGAUUAACAUCAGAAACUUCAGUGACAUCAGCAGUUCUUCAUCGUCCUCCUCUGAUGUGGAGGACCUGGAGGAAACUGGUGAAAACUCUCAGGAAGAUGUCGUCUCUCAGAGGCUUCCUGACAGCCUGUUUGAGCCCGAGUUCUCCGGCCUGUGGGAACAAGACUCCAAGAAGCCCAUCACUGAGAAGAUGACUUUGGUGCAAACAGAAGAAAACAAAGAGGAAGUUGCUGCAGCCAGUGAGAGAUUCAAGCCUAGAAGAACUCAGGAAAAUAUGCUGAAAGGGCCUCCCUUCAUCAGUAAACCAGAAGUCAUCAUCUUCAAGGACUUUGAUGUUGGGAAACUGUAUAAGAAAAAAAUCCUCCUAACAAACUCUGGCUACACCAUGAACCACUGCAAACUCCUCAGGGUCUCUCCUCAGCUCAGCCGUUUCAUCUCUGUCAACUUUGAGCCCUCUGGUCCCAUAUCUGCUGGGAUGUCCAGUAGCUUCCAGGCUAUUUUCCUUCCUACGAUUAACGAGGACUUGGAAGGAGAAAUUCAUUUUAUGUCAGCAGCGGGCCCUUUCUCUGUGCCGGUCAGAUGCAACACAAAGAAAUGCAGACUGGAGGUUGACAGCCAGUUCAUUGACUUUGGAUCACACGUCGUGGGCCAGACCAUUUUACGGACCAUCAGCUUAACCAACAAGGGAGCUCUGGCCACCCUCUUCAGCCUGGACACCUCUACACAUCUCAGUCCAGAAACUAGCCAUGUCCAGAUGCCGUCCCAGGCUUUUGCCAGCAUGAGCCUGGAGAAAUCCAGUGAAAACUUAACAUGCAGCGUUUCUUCCAUGGGUGCUGAACAAGUCCAACCUGAUCAGCAGAAUCUGGAUUUCUCUGAGGUUUCACCGCAAUCAGUGAAAGGUCCAGAAACCGUGACGGAUCGGUCUUCAGAUGUGAGCACUCCGACAGAGCAGAACCCCUCAGAAACCAGUGAAAUAACACUGGGACGUGUAAUAGAGGGGGAGAUUGGAUCAUUUCAGACCAUCAAGCUGGAGAUAUUAUUCACUCCAACCAUUCCAGGAGAAACCAAACUGGACUUCUACAUCAAAUUCUCCGAUAUAAACACCAAACCAAUACCUAUCCAGGCAAGGGGUAUGGCAGUCGGCAGCCCUGUAUCGAUAUUUCGGCCCAUUAUGGACAUGAAGAUCUGCAUGUAUGACCGCCUCUACCAAGACAUUAUUGUGGUCCAAAGCAGAGCCAGUGCAGCUGUGAAACUCACCUUUGAAAUAUGCCCAGAAAUGAGGGAACACAUGGAGAUUAUACCGGAGAGCAGCUUCAUCCAGGCUCAAUCAACUUUUAACGCCCAACUGAGAUUCAAGCCAAGGCAUUCCCUUUCCAAAGAUGCAGAGAAAUAUUUUGACAACGAUACAGGAGUCCUGGAGGUUCCAAUGACAGUGAAAGUAGCAGGCCAGGUGCAGCCUGCCACUUUUACUGUUUAUGCAAUUGUGACAUCAUCAGAUCUGCAGUUCGAUCAGACCGAAGUGGACUUUGGUGACUGUUCUAUCUACAAUCCAGUCAGGAGCAGCGUUUGCCUCACUAAUAUGUCCAUCCUGCCUCAAGACUUUGGCUUUCCGGGUGUUCCAGAAUGUAUUAAGAUCAGGCCUAAUGAUGGCUUUGGUACUCUGCUGCCACAAGAGACCCUGAAGUUUGAUCUGAUUUUCAGCCCCAAAAUAGCCAAGGAGCACCAUUUUCAACUCAUAUGUAAAUCUGGGAUCAACAGAGAUUUUCCGUUGCUUUGCCGAGCCGUGGCAUUCCACCCACCAUUGCAGCUCUCUCAGUCACUGGUUCAGUUCAGGGCUACUGCUGUUGGCGACAAGUCCACCGCCCUGCUUCACCUGACCUACCAACAGUCCAAACAAACAGCAACUGCACCGAUCAAAGAUGCUACAACUGUUGAGGCACCCAGGCUGUUCUGCUUCACUCUGCCGAAAGAUUCCAACAUCAGCAUCUCUCCAUCAGCAGGACGUCUUCUUCCUGGAGAGCGAUGUCUUGUACUUGUGACAUUCAGACCCAGACUUUCAGAUGAUGAGAUCAAAGAAGAGGCUCGGCGUCGCCUACCUCAGGAGAGCCCAGUUGUACACAGCAAAUGGAAAAAGUUGAUGGUGAAUCAAAGUGACAGAAAGGUGUCAAAAACCAUUAGGACCAAAAAUCCUGAUCCUGUCAACAUACAUCCUGAGUCAGAGCAGUACAAAGAGGCCAAGGCCUUUUUGCUCUGCUCCUUUACUCAGAGCUACAAAGAGCUGGUCAUCCCCUGCUUCGUGUCAGAUGGAGACCCUCCAGAGACAGACAGACAGAUUCAACCACCAUGGAGUCCCAUAAAUACUCUCUACCUGAAGCUUCAGUGUCCUGCUGUACAGCCCCCUCUAGUGGUGGUGUCCAAUAAUGGCCAUAAUGUCGUGGACUUCCACCAAGUUCUUGUGGGGGAGAGAAUAAUUCAAAGGUUGAUAAUUAAGAACAUUUCAAAUGAAUCGCUGGAUCUGAGGUCAUCAAUUUUGGACACAACUGGUCCCUUUUCUCUCGUCAAUGCUCUAAGAUGCAUUCAUCCUGGACAAACGCACACUUUGGUACUUGCCUUCAGUCCAACUCUGGGGAAAAAGCACUAUGAAAUCCUGGAGAUACAAAGUCUUAAAAUGGACUUGGAAAUAAGUCUGUGUGGGGAGGGUGUACUUCCUGAGAUCACCUCCUCUCACACAGGAAGUCUUCUUGACUUUGGCUUUGUGUUGGAGAAGGAGACCACCUCAAAGUGUGUGCAGUUACAGAACAAAUCGAAGGUGGCGGUGGGUUUCAGAGUGCUGCUGGACAGUCUGUGUCCUUCUAAGACUCAGAUGGACUCUGACAGAGUACUGUUGCUGGGUGGAAGCAGAAGCUCUCAGGUUCAGCCCAGUGUGGGAACCCAGAACUACAGUGGUCUGAGUGUGUUCGGUGUGACACCAGUAGAGGGCAGCAUUGCUCCUGGAAAGAAGCAAGACAUUACCAUCACUUUCCAGCCUGACCAUCCAUCUGUCAACUACUCUGAUAAACUCACUGUAGAACUGAAAAAUAAGAGUGAAGUGUGUGUGAUGAGUCUCAAGGGUGCAGCCUCUUCACACAACAUGUUUCUGCAUGGAGGAGACCUGCGGACAGUGCCUACUGAGUCUCUUGUCCCCUCAUCCAUCUUCUGCCCAUCUCACCUCACAGAGUCAGAGCUGACGGAGGGGCCGAGCAUCCCGGUGCUGGUGACCCUGCGCGCCAGCCACAAGGCAGGUGUCAUCAUACCUGGAGUCAGGGAGCUGCAUGUGGGCUGCAUCUGCUCCAAAAACACCAAAGUCCAGCGAGCUGAGUUUUAUUGGGAUAACGUGGAACCACUGGAGCAGCAGGGCUUCACAGUGACGCCUAUCAGAGGCAGUGUGGAGGCAGGCGGCAAAUGUGCUGUCACCAUCACCUGGACUCCCAGAAAAGACCACAAGCCAUUUGAGGUGCUACAGAGAUGUGUGACUCUUACUAUAAAGGGUGAUGAGACCAUUAUUUACAGAGUCACCUUGAUGGCAGUCUUCAAGACUGCUGACUGAGCCUCCUUGUUUCUGGACGCUGGCCUGUAGAAAGUUUGAAAAUUGCACUCGGCUGUUCCCCUUAGGAAGAGGGUUAAGGUUAACACAGAAGUACUUCAGUGAACUGUAGUUAGAAACAUGGAUUCUGUUGUUAAAAAAUAAAGCAUUUUGUGACAACUGGAAUAAUUUCUUUAUUUACAUCUGUAAAUCAGGACUGUACAGUCAAGUGAAUUC